AUGACGUCCAACAACAAGAUGAUCAAGGAUGAAGAAAGCACUGACAAGAAUACCACUAAAGCUCAAGGCGAGUCAUCGCUUCCAGGUGCCACCAACAGUCUCGAACCUCCAUCAGAACAGGAACAAAGCAAGCUGAGGCUAGCAACGGAUGUCGUUGUGGACAUUAUUCCUUCUCGGCGGAGCAACAGUCAAGUAUCAGCACAAGGACUUUCAUCUGAAGCACAAAGAAGAAUGGAAAAGGAACAAAGCAAACGGCUGAGAAUGGCAUCUGGAACUCCUGCAUCCGCAUCCGCAUCAUCAACAUCAGCAUCACCAACUGUUUCUCGAAGUAGCAGUCGAAAUCCAUCAUCACCAUCAUACAAACUUCGAUUGGCAUCGGCUACAUCAGCCUCAGAGGAUUCUAGUACCAUGAACCCUACUUCUUCUUCCUCCGGCUCAAAGAAAUCAAACUUAUCCAAUGCAUCGUCUUCACCAACUCCACCUUCACCGUCUGCACCCAGUCGAGAACGUCGGAGACGCAGAGGCAAUCACAAGAAAAACAGUAGGAGAUCGGAGGAAGAAUUAUCCUCCUCCCCGUCCUCUGAAAAUGAUAUUGAAAUUGGUGCCAUUCGCAGUAAUGAUGAUGAUGAUGAUGGUGAUGACCUUAGUAAUGCUGAACAACAAAACGAAGAAGAACAGUUGAUUGAAGCGGAAGUGGCACCAGAUGUCGAGGCCAUUGUCCAACAACGACUGUUGGAACAGCAGCAACAGACUAGCAACAACAGCAACAGCAACAGCAACAACAACAACAACAACAACAACAACAACAACAAUCAUAAUCAUAAUCAUAAUAAUGGCAACAACUCGGAGGUAGCAGUGGCAACAACGGUCGAGAAAUCAUCAUCCAAUAAAAAGAUGAUUGGAAUCGGAUUUAUUCUCAUCGUGGUGUUGGUGGCUGCCAUUGUGGCGGGUGUCUUGCUGACGGCAACCGCUGACAAGGAGGAACCAAAGAAUGCUCUAUCAGCAACAGCAACCACAACAAAACCAGUGCCGACCACGGCAUCACCCACAGUUGCUCCGUCUUUUGCUCCUUCUGAAAAUAGAGUGGCAUCCAUUGAACGGGCACUUAUUGCCAAUGUUGCUGGCCUAUCGCCACAAUCAUGGCACAAGGAUGCCAUGGAAUGGAUAUCGCAAGUCGACGUUUGGGUGCCACCUACACGUACUACUACUAGUACUACUACUACUACAAGCGAGCGAAUGUGGAUGGAACGAUACAGUCUUGCUGUCUUACAUUAUGAUACUUUUGGUGAUGAUUGGUUGCAAGAUUCCAAAUGGUUGUCCUCCUUGACAGUAUGCGACUGGUGGGGAGUAUCCUGUGAUGCGAAUCGACAAUAUGUGAUUCGACUGGAUUUGGACAAUAACAAUUUGAGAGGAAGCUUGCCGCCGGAAGUUGGGUCGUUUACAGAACUCGUUGCCUUGGACCUUGACCUGAAUGUUUUGGAAAGCUCAAUACCAACCCAAGUUGGAAAAUUGUCGACGUUGAAGCAACUGAUCGUAAGGAGUAAUGUAAUGACAGGAACAUUGCCAACCGAAUUGGGCGAAAUGACAUCGUUACAGUCGUUGUGGCUCAACUUUAACGAACAAAUCCGAGGCCCGUUGCCGUCAGAACUUGGGAAACUUACCGCACUCGAAGACUUUCGGAUUGGUUUCACUCAGGUGACUGGUACCAUACCAGUGGAAUUGGGUGCCAUGACAAAGUUGGAGUCGUUUGGAGUUCGAGGCACUGGUCUUACGGGUUGCAUUCCCUACUUGCCACUAGCCGUCAUAGAUCUCAGUGAAUCGGACAGUUUGGUGGCGGAAUGGUGUUAG